UUUGUGCAAUUAUGUGAAAAUUAACUAAUUAUCGAGAAUAUAAAAUUCUCUCCACAACCUGUAUGAUCGACGCUAGAACAUUUUUCCAUUUCCGAUCAUAAAUAUUCAAACGAUUCUGACCGAUUCCGUUCAAUGAAAUGACGAACUUUUUCCUCAUUUCGUUUAAAAUAUCAUAAAAUGUACAGUUUUUCCGCUGCAAUAAUUAAUCUUGUUUUUGAAUAUCUUGAACAUUGUUGGUGACUGCUGAUAAACGCGAUAUCGAAUCAAUCAAUUGACGAGAAAAGAGACCAGUUUCUUCGACACUGAGAAUCUUCUUAUCGUAAACAAAUCGCACACUUUUCUAAUCAUGAAAUGUGUGGAGAUAUUUUCUACGGGAAUAUAAAGGUUAUGAACCAGAGUGAUAUAACACAUAUCAGUGCUAUACAGCAGCAGUAUUUUACUAAAAGAUACCUCUCAUUCGCUCAGAACCCCGCGAAAUGUUAUUAAAGGUAUAUUCCCUCGUGGUUCUGACCCUAGAUUUAAUAACAUUGUUGUGCGGCAUUUGGCUGUCGAUAAUAGUCGCCCUGUACCGCACUCUGAGGCCUCCACCUCUUAAACAAUUGAACGGAGAAAUUGCGAUGGUGGUGGGGGUGGGACGUGGAGUUGGCCGAGAAAUUGCCAUUCAGCUCUGUCAGCUUGGUGUUACUGUUGCCUGUGUUGAUAAGGAUGGGGACAUGUGCGAAUCUACUGCUAGACAGGCAGCGAAAAAUACUGGUCGUGCUAGGGCGUACAUCUGUGAUGUUACGGAUAAGGAGCAGGUUGAAAAAACAGUAGAAACAAUCUCUAAAAACCUAGGAGUAGUAACAAUGGUUUUCCACUGCUGUGCAGUACCAAGUCCUCGUGUCCUGCUGCAAGGGCCCCAAGAAAUUCGAAAAGCAAUGGAACUAUCAGUGAUAAGUCAUUUUUGGCUGCUGGAGUCCGUUCUACCAGGCAUGGAGCGCGCUGGUCGUGGCCACAUAGUUGCGCUCUCGUCAGUCGCUGGAUUCUCUGGUGGCCCAAGUAGGAGUGGCAGAGUACAACUUUCAACAGCUCAAUUUGCUGUACAGGGCUUUGCCGAGUCCCUUCACGCUGAAUUUAGACAAUCAAAUAGUAAUAUUGUCAUAACACUCGUGCAUGUCUAUCCAUUUAUCGUGGGAGCCGAGAUGGCCAAGGACAUACGGUUCAGGAUACCUAGUUAUUUUGGAACAAUGCCAGCUACUGAAGCAGCUAAAAAAAUUUUGGACGGUGUACGCCGGAAUUAUGCGGAAUUCAGUGUGCCAGGAUAUCUAUUAUAUCUUGGACACUUACUCAGGAUUCUCCCCAAAAAGGCGUCUUUCAUGCUGCGUGACCUACUGGACACUGGAGUAGAUUUUGGAUGAUCUCAGAACCACCAACAUUUUUCAAGCAUUAACAACAUCGAAACCCAACGCAAAGCAAGACUGACAGUCCACCUCCAGUGUCGCACAGAGGAUUUACUGUGAUCAACCACAAUAAUUCCAAUCCUUGGAUUAACAUCUGUAAUAUCUAUCAUCGAAAUACAGCACAAUAUUUUGUUAUAAAUUUUAUCAAUAGAAAAAUAUAGAAAACAA